AUGCACGAGACUCAUCAAGGACCUUGCGGAAGUCAUUCCGCAGGCCGAGCUCUCGUCAUACGGAUUAAAAAGCUAGGCUACUUCUGGCCAACAAUGAUAGAGACUGCGAACAGACCUAUGGUCUCUUCGGGACCAAAGCAAUUCCAAUACCUACUAGUCCUUACUGACUACUUCACUAAAUGGAUCGAGGCCAAACCAUACCAACAAACGACCGAACUCGAGGUCCGGAAAUUUAUCUGGAAAGACAUCAUUUGUCGACACGGGCUCCCUUUCGAGAUCGUGACAGAUAACGGAUCUCAGUUCAUAGCUCGAACAUUCAAAGACUUCUGCAAGAAGUGGAACAUACGCAUAACGUAUUCCACACCUCGUUACCCUCAAGGGAAACGGGCAAGCUGA